AUGCCUCUACCACCGGAAACUCAGUGCAGUGGACUGAAUAUAGAAGAAGAUAGUGAAACAAACUAUGAAAACACAAAUCACACCAAAAAUGAGGCGCGUUUAUACCAGAAUAUGAAGAAAAAUGAAGAUAACGCAAUCAGAAAGAAACCCAUACCCUUACCAAGAAUAUCUUAUUCAUUAGAUGAAAUUAAUAUCGAAACGUAUAACAAAGUAAUGAUGAAUGGCGAUGUAGAAGAAGAAAGUAUUGAAAUGAACGAAGAAGAAAUUUACAAUAUUUUUCCUAAUUCAACAAAGAAUACGUUAGAAAAAGAAUUAUCAACACCAGUAGCAGCAAAACGAAAAAUUGAUUUUAAGAAACCUGGCCAAGAAGUCGAGCUCAGAGGAACUGGUAGUUUGAGAACUAAAACAUUGAAAAAUGAGCAAAGAAACCUUUCAAAAUCGAUUGAAAACAUUGAAAUGUUGAACAAAGCAAAACUAGUAAAUUAUAUAAGAAGAUUAAGUGUGAAAGAUUUGAUCGAGUCUUACGAAAGUCUCGACGGCAUAGAACAAGAAAGAGUACGAGAGGAAUUCCAAGAAGCAAAAUUGGAAAGACUGAAGGAGGAAUGUCUGAAGGCGUUGAGUUCGAUUUUUCACAUCCAGAUGAAUGUGAAAACAAUAAAUAUGGUUUGGAAUGUCUUUCGUGCCCUACGAGACGUAUACAAAUUUGUAACUUGUCAAUCAAAUGAAGAAAACAGACGAAAUACUACCAUAACAAAUUAUUAUGAACCCGAUCCUAUAAAAAACAUUCAAAAACUAGACACGCAACCGACAAGACAUAAUAAUAUAAUUACAAAUCAAAACAAACAUACCUCAGUUAAUCUACAAAAAGAAACUAAAAUAAAUGACACAGAACCAAACUGUAAUGAAUUUGACUAUAAAAAUAAAAUAUUAAGCACAAAUCAGAACCAAUUCAACAAAAACUGCUCAGAAGUGGAACAGGAAGCACAUAAGAUAAAAGGACCAAUUUACGAGGAAAUAAAUUGUAAUUCGCAAUCCGUCCAUAAUCAUGACUCAUCGAAUGAAAUAAAUUCAUUGGGACUAGGGACUGUUCAUAAACAGCCUUCGCUUGGAGAAAAAGUUAUACAUCCUCUUCCUAAACAUAAGAAUUUAAAAGAAAAAGAUGUAAGACCUGAUCGAUCUCAUAACUUGUCCGAGGAAAAAGGUUUAUCAGUAGAAAAUAGACGUCCUGCUACUCAAACUCCAAAAGAAGAAGGACUAUGUUCUGUUCCCAAGCUUCAUUCGUUAGAAGAGAAGGGUUUGCAACCUGCUUCCAAUCCAAAGCUAACAAAAGAAAAAAAAUUACGUCCUGUUCCUCAGUUAUCAAUAGAAACAUGUUUACGUCUUAAUCCUAAACCAUCAAAUCAGGAAAACCUACAUCCUGUUUCCAAAAAUUAUUUACCACAAGAGAAGGGUUUGCCACCUGUACCCGGUCCAAAGCCAACAAAAGAAAAAAGUUUACGUCUUGUUCCUACACCGCAGUCGCCAGCCGAAUCUGGUUUACGUUCGUUUCUUCAAUCCAAAAAAGAUGAUUUUCAUUCUAUUCCUAAAACUCAUAUAUCAGAAGAGAAGGGUUUGCGAAUUGUCCCUCAGUCACCUCAGCUGUCAGUAGAAACUGGUUUACAACCAUCAACAAAGGAAGAUUUACUUACUCUUUCUAAAACUCAUUUACUAGAAAAAAAUGGUUUGGGAUCGGUAUCCGACACGACAGGAACAAAAGGAAAAGGUUUACGUCCUGUUCCUCAACCACGAACAGGGCAAGGUUUACGUUCUCUUCCAAAAACUCAUUUAUUAGAAGAAAAUGGUUUAGGGCCUGCUUCCGGUACGACAGAAACAAAAGGAAAAGGUUUGCGUCCAGUCCCUCAACCAUCAACAGGGGAAGAUUUACGUCCUCUUUCUAAAACUCAUUUAUCAGAAGAAAAUGGUUUAGAAUCUGUCUCCGGCACGACAGAAACAAAAGAAAAAGGUUUGCGUCCUGGCCUGCCUCCGAAACGACAGAAUCAAAAGGAAAAUGUUUGCGUCCUGUUCCUCAAACACCAACAGUGGAAGAUUUACGUCCUCUUUCUAAAACUCAUUUUUCAAAAGAAAACAGUUUAG